GUCUUGAUUUAUCUCCCAUCGGCAUAAUUAAGGGCAUUAUUGUAUAUUCAAUUGAAUUCCUUUUUCUCUCUCUCGUCUCUCUUCAUAGUGCCCGCAAGAUUAGCGUGAUCUUCCUUCCCUAUCUCACAACUGAUCUAGAGUUUUCUCAUAUGAGUUAAUCUCUCUUCACCGCAGUCAAGAUUUAUAUUUCAAGGUGUAAUUUUUUACUUAUGGUGCAUUUUUCAUAUUUCACUCUGUUUGCAAUGGUAUGUGUACUAUUAUGUAUUGUAAUGCAUUAUGUGAUGUUCGCACUGCAUACAUCCACCGAAAAGGAUGAUGGACACAAGAGAGAGAGAGGAUUUUCCGGCGAAGACCACCGGCAGGCCACUGAAAUUGUUCUCAGAUCUCUUCAAAACUAAGGCCACACAGCAGUUGGGCAAGGUCUCGCUGUCCAAACAUGGAGACCCGGUGAUUGAGCUUAACAAUGAGGACAUCUCCAAAUUAAGGGAGAUUUUCCCUCAUGCUAUCAAAGCCAGUUUCAAUGGAGCACUCUCUCCGGAAGACAUCGGGUUAUCACUGAAGAAGAGAGGGUUCAAAGGAGGUUUUCGCAUCACUGCCAUCAGCAAAUCUCAAGUUAUCAUCAAUCUCAAUUUGCGUAGCGAAUUCAUUCGCUUACUAUCCAGAAAUUCCUGGAAAACGGAUGGCUGCACACUCAAUCUCUCCAAAUGGGAUCCAAGUAUAGAUGAAAGGAAUGACAGCCCCAUAUCGCUGGUUUGGGUUACAUUCAAAAGGCUUACUUUUUUCCUUUCUGAACAUAGCACCCUAUUCUCCAUAGCCAGUGCACUUGGAACCCCAAUCCAGAUGGAUGAUACCACAGCUCGUGGUGGGUACUUCCAGACGGCUAGGAUCCUUUUGGAGUUGGAUGUUUCUAAACCCAAACGUUCUUCUAUCCUGAUUCGAACAAGCACUUGGGAAAGAACGGUGGAGCUUCUGUAUGACCUCCCUUUAUACUGCAAUUGCUGUAAGCGGAAGGGUCACUUCUGCAAACCAAUCUCAAAGCCCGCCGGAAAAGUCCUCGCUGGCGGGACAUCCAAUGAGAGGCUUCAGUCCACCAAGAGCCAUCCAAAAUCCAGUCAGGAUUGGAUCAGGGUUCAGAGUAAGAAGGAAGGAACAAGUCACAAAAGGACAACCAACAAAGAGCCAACAUGGGUGGCCACUUGCUCCAUAUUGCCAAACACGGAGGACAGCCAACCUACUACACUUCCAUAUACUAUUGUCCCCACUUCUUUGAAACCCUUGGUAUCUAGCAGAUCAAGGUCCCCAAGUCCAUAUGAGGCACCUAGCUCAAAUUGUUUGGUUGGGGACAUGCACUUCGUACAAGAUGCAGCCCCCUUGUCCAAGCAUCCAUGUCCCCCCUCCACUAUGGUCAAGGUGGCAGUAGCUUCCAACGAACACACAUCCACCAUUGAUUCAUUAGCUCUCCUAUCUACUGUGGUUGAGAACAACAGCCCGGGCACUCCGGUGUGUAUUCACUCAGAUGGGGAAGGGGAAAGGCUUCUGAAUAAAAGCCCCAUAGCUGCUCUUGAGGGAAAAUUCACGCAGUUCAAAGAGAAUGCUUUAUCCUUCAUGAAGGGUAGAGGAAAAAAACCCCUAUGGCUCCUCUUAGCAUGACUCUGAGGAGCAAAGCUAGAACUCUUCACUCCUCCUAUUAAUGAUUUUGAUCUUUUGGAAUAUUCGAGGUGUUCGUAAGUCCUCCCCAAGAAUCCAAACUCUCUGUGCAGCUCAUAAACCCUCCUUUUUAGCUUUUAUGGAACCACUUCUUGAUGAUCCUCAUUUAGACACCUUCAAAAGGCAGUUUGGAAUGACUAAGGCAUCCUCUCAUCUUAAUAAGCAGCUCUGGAUCAU